AUGCCGUCCUCGCUUCGUAUACGCGAUAGAAGCCGCGCAGUGGCGAACAAAGUCGCAAGCUGGGACGUGGUGACGAAGGCCGUGGACCGCGCCUUCCUGGAACUUGCGGAGCUGGACGGCAAGAAGGACGAGGAGGGGCGGCCGGUGAUCAACGUGCCGGAGCUAUACACGGGCGUGCUGCUCGUGUACAACUACGUGAACCGCUACUCUCCUGGGAGUUAUCUGAGCCCUCCAAAGAAGAAGGACGUUCUCAAGCUGGUCAAGAAAUUCGACCUCAACAAUGACGGGGUCAUCGACCGGGAGGAGUUUGGUCGGCUCCUCCGGCACUUUGUGAAGCAUCUCCUGAGAAACAUGAUCAUCAACAUUCUCGUCAUGCUCACUGUGAUCCCCUUUCUGUGCUACUUCACUUGCAAGUUUGUGGGUAGUAAUAUGGCAGGAGAAUACGAGGGUUGGAGAAUAUUAUUAGUCGCUCUGCUUCUCCUGCAAAGCUCCCUAGCCUCGAACCUCCCCGCGAACGGGUGUCACGUCCAGGCCGUGUGCUCCCGUCUCAACACCUUCCGCGAUGUGACAAUAACGGAAGGAAACUUCACGGACCUCGCGCUAAUUGGACAAUUUAGAGGCCGAUUCAACAGUCAGGGCGGAAAAUACAAGGCGCACGAAGCGGGAUCAGGCCCGCUAAAUCUCGAAGUCUAUCAGGAGGUUGGUAACCACGUGGACAUCGUGCGAGGCGCCAGCGGAGGCACGCUGGAGAGCUGCUGCAGAGCGUGCGCGGCCGACAAGGCCUGCCACGCCUACCACUUCUUCCCGAGCAAACGGCUAGCCGACAAUUCUAACGGGACGAUCCGGACGACGAGGACUUUGACCCCACCAGCUGCGCGCCGAAUGGGCAACUGGCGCGGCGGGGCAAGGAGGGCCGUGCCGCGCAAGUCGUACUUUGAGGAUGAUGAGGACCCGGACGACCUGGCGCCCCCUGCUAAGAAGAAACUCAAGUCGUACUUUGAGGAUGAUGAGGACUCGGACGACCUGGCGCCCCCUGCUAAGAAGAAACUCAAGCCGCUGGGGCGGAGUGAGGAGAUGCGGGCAGCGGGGCAGCCGACGGGGCCGUGUGUGUUGGAGUAUGAUGUGAGCGAGGCCAUCGACUGGGAGCAGCAGGAACUGUAUGUGAAGUGGAAGGGACGCUCGUUUCUGCACUGCGACUGGCUGCCCAUCUCCACCCUCUCCACGCUGCCGGGGUUCAAGAAGGUGCAGAACUACAUGAAGCGGGCGGACGAUGAGAGGCGGUAUCGCCUGAGCGUGUCAGCAGAGGAGGUGGAGGCGCUGAACGUGGGCAGAGAGAUGGAGCUGGACCUGCUCAAGCAGUACUCGCAGGUGGACAGGGUGGUGGCGGAACGGCCAGCCAAGGCAGCAGGGGAGGUGGGGCGGGAGGGCGAUGAGGUCAGCAGCUACGAGUUCUUUGUCAAGUGGAAGGGGCUUUCCUAUUCUGAAGCCACCUGGGAGGCGGAGGCGGAUAUAGAGAGUGCACGAGAUGCGAUAGACGAGUUCAAGGCGAGGGAGGCGGGAGCACUGGUGGUGGGCAAGAGCGUGGAGGCGCAACGCAAGAGCUGCCGAAGCAUGAGCAAGCUGGAGGUGCAGCCGGAGUGGCUCAAAGGCGGCACUUUGAGGGACUACCAGCUCAUGGGGCUCAACUUUCUCAUCCACAGUUGGAUGAAGGACACGAGCGUCAUUCUGGCGGACGAGAUGGGGCUCGGCAAGACCGUGCAGUCCGUCUCCAUGCUUGGCUUCCUCUUUCACAUGCAGCAGAUACAGGGCCCCUUCCUGAUAGUGGUGCCGCUCUCAACCAUGAGCAACUGGGAGAGGGAGCUGCGCCGCUGGCUGCCCUCCCUAAAUGUUGUUCUCUACGUUGGCAACCGCGCCUCCAGAGAGGUUGUGCAGCAGUACGAGUUCUGGCAGGCGGGCAGGAAGGGCGGGCGGCAAACCAAGUUCCACGCGUUACUAACAACGUACGAGGUGGUCCUCAAGGACAAGGCCGUGCUGUCGCCCAUCCGCUGGACCUACCUCAUGGUGGACGAGGCGCAUCGACUCAAGAACAGCGAGGCAGCUCUCUAUACUACGCUCAUUAGCUUUCACGCGCGCAACAAGCUGCUGAUCACCGGCACGCCCCUGCAGAACAGCGUGGAGGAGCUCUGGGCGCUGCUGCAUUUCCUGGACGACAGAAAGUUUGGCGACAAGGAGGAGUUUUCAGCCAAGUACAAACACCUGCUGGAGAACCAGAGCGAGAAGGAGAUCACGUCACUGCAUCAGGAGCUACGGCCACACAUGCUACGGAGGGUGAUCAAGGACGUUGAGAAGUCUCUUCCGCCCAAGAUAGAGCGCAUCCUGCGCGUCGAGAUGUCGCCGCUGCAGAAGCAGUACUACAAGUGGAUCCUGGAGCGCAACUUUCAGGAUCUGAACAAGAAUGCGCGCAGCAACCAAGUCUCCCUUCUCAACAUCGUGGCAGAGCUCAAGAAGUGCUGCAACCACCCCUUCCUCUUCGAGAGCGCUGACUACGGCUACGGGGGCGGGGCGGCUGGAGGGGCGCUGGACGCUCAGGGCAAGGCGCAGCGGAUCGUGCUGGGGAGUGGGAAGACGACGCUGCUGGAUAAGCUGCUGACGAGGCUGAAAGAAACGGGCCACCGCGUUCUCAUCUUCUCCCAGAUGGUGCGCAUGUUGGACAUUCUAGCAGACUACCUCGCCCUGCGGGGCUUCCAGUUCCAGAGACUAGACGGCAGCACAAGGGCGGACCUGAGGCAGCAGGCCAUGGAGCACUUCAAUGCGCCCGGCAGUGACGACUUCUGCUUCCUGCUCUCCACGCGCGCUGGUGGAUUGGGGAUUAAUCUCGCCACGGCCGACACAGUCAUUAUUUUUGACUCGGAUUGGAACCCACAGAACGACCUGCAGGCCAUGAGUCGUGCGCACAGGAUAGGGCAGCAGGACGUGGUGAACAUCUACCGGUUUGUGACGAGUGGCAGCGUGGAGGAGGACAUAUUGGAGCGCGCCAAGCGCAAGAUGGUGCUGGACCACCUCGUCAUCCAGAAGCUCAACGCCGCCGGGCGGCUGGAGAAGACCACCAGCAAGAAGAGCAGCAGCAUGUUCGAUAAGAACGAGUUGGCGGCCAUUCUGCGGUUCGGAGCAGAGGAGCUCUUCAAGGAGAAAGUGAGCGAGGAGGAGGGCUCCAGCCGGCUGGAGAAUCUGGACAUCGAUGAGAUCCUGGCACGCGCCGAGAAGAUCGACAGCAGCACCGCGGGGGAAGGCGCUAACGAGCUGCUCUCCGCCUUCACUGUGGCGAAUUUCAGCAGCACAGAAAACGACGCUGCCUUCUGGAGUCGCCUCAUCCAGGCAGCACCGGCAGAGGAGGAGAAGGCUCUCGGCCCGCGCUCCUCCCGGCGCAACGCCACCUACACGGGCGAUGGGCUCCUGGGGGAGGCUGAUGAUGAGGACGAGGAUGGGCGAGAGGGCAGGGGUGUGAGGCGGUACGGGGGAGCAGAGCGGGUGGCACAAAUGACAGCCGAGGCCGGCGGAGCACUAGAGGCAGCGAGUGAAGCAGAGCGGCGGUCCCUCCACUCGCUGCUCAUGCAAGCCUGCAAAGACACUGUGCGAGCCGCCGCCGCCGCAGAGGAAGACGAAGCAUUGGGAGCAGCCGGAGCAGCAGCAGCAGCAGCAGCGGCAGCAGCAGGAGGGGCAGGAGCAGCAGCGAAGAUCCCUCUGCUGGAUUUCUUCGGUGUGGCGGUGAAAGCCCCGGAGCUGCUGCAGAGAGUGAAGGAGCUGCAGUUCCUGGCGAAGCGGGUGGAGCGAGUGAGCGACCCUGUGAAGCAGUUCCGCCUGCGGUCGCAUGCACGCGUGCCCUCGUGGGCCAAGACUACAUCUUGGACGCCUGUGGAUGAUGCGAGGUUGCUGCUGGGGGUGCACUUCCAUGGGUUUGGCAACUGGGAGCAGGUUCGGCUGGAUGAACGGUUGGGAUUGGAGAAUAAGAUCGCGCCGCCUGGAUCAACGGGUGGGAUUGGGGGAGGGGGAGAGGGGAAGCUGCCGAGGGGGAGUCAUUUGGAUGCACGGGCAUCUGCUCUGCUGCGCAAGGAGCUGGAGGCGGAUCCUCACCAUGCCAAGGCUGCAGCAGCAGCCAACGCCCUAAAGGUCAAGAUCAAGGAUAGUGUGCUGCAGCGGCUGAAGCGGCUGCAGACGCGGCAGGAGCUGUCGCCCAAGGAGGUGACGCAGAAGGUGAAGAAGUACCUCAGACAGCUGGGGCACGAGAUCGACAGCGUCAUGAAGCGCGAGGCCAGCGAUGCCGCCCUCCCCCGCUCCCACCUGCAGAAGAUCUCCGAGGACCUGUGGGAUUAUGUGGCCCUGCACUCGCACCUGUCCGGCACGCGAUUGGCCGACAUCUACCGCAAGCUGAGAGACGACCGUGGGAGCGAUGGGAAGGAAGGCGGGGAGAAGGACCGGGAGCCCCGUGCGCGCAUUGCGCUUUUCCGCGCGCCGAUGAACGAAUUCAUGCGCUUUGCGCACGUUGGCGCUGUCAGUGGCGGGCCGGCAGAAGAUUGCGAACGCGCAAGGGAUGGUGAAACAUUAGGGAGCAUGCGGCCGGCAGGCACAAGAGUUUACAGCAGGCGCGCACGGGGCGGGAGAAAGCCGACAAUCAUUGUGGAUUAUGAAGAGGAGUGUAUAGGAGAAGACAUUAACGAAAACGGGCAAGAGACAAUGCAGGUCGCACGGCGCAUGUCCGCAAGGCAGCGAACGGGUGUGACUGUAAAGAGGGAAACAGACGAGGUGGUUGUGAAGGGGGAAUUAGAGGAGGUGACUGUAACGCAACAAGCAGGCAAUGUGGUUGUGAAGCGGGAGUCAGAUGACGAGGCUGGAACGACCGGAGGUGGUGUGGUGGUAACGCGAGGAGGUGACGUGACUGUAAAGAGGGAAGCGGAGGAUGUGACUGUGAAGAGAGAGGCGGUCGACGAGAUGGCAGGCAGGGAAGCAUGUGUGGCAGAUGCUGACAUGGCUGUAGCGGUGACUGAAGGCACGGCUGGCAUUGUUGCUGGAAACAUACGGCACGGGGGAAGUAGCUAUUCAAAAGGAAUGAAUCAUUCUCUCUCAUGCUAUCCUCAUGCAUUCUCUCUCGCACCUUGUUUCUCCCUUCUGCCCGCCCCUUCCUUACUCCCCCCUUUCCACUCCUGCCUUCCUCCACCACCCCUUUACACUCCCGCUCUCGCUCGCUCUCUUGCCGCACUCCUCUCCCCGCUCUCUUGCCGCACUCCUCUUGCCGCACUCCUCUCCCCGCUCUCUUGCCGCACUCCUCUUGCCGCACUCCUCUUGCCGCACUCCUCUUGCCGCACUCCUCUUGCCGCACUCCUCUUGCCGCACUCCUCUUGCCGCACUCCUCUUGCCGCGCUCCUCUUGCCGCACUCCUCUUGCCGCAUCCUCUCCCCGGAGCAGCAGCGGCGCUUUGCAGUGCUGGUGUCGGCGAUGCUCUCCUCACAGACCAAGGACCCCGUCACUCAUGCGGCAGUGGCACGGCUGCACGCAGCAGGGCUGCUGUCGCCUGAAGCGCUCAAGGCAGCAGAGGAAACGACCGUCAGCCAAACCAUCUACCCGGUGGGCUUUUACGUGCGCAAGGCGGGAUACCUGAAGAAAAUGGCCAAUCUCUGCUUGGAGAAGCACGGAGGAGACAUUCCGGGCAGCCUGGAAGAUCUGCUUGCGCUGCCCGGCGUCGGGCCUAAAAUGGCCUAUCUGGUGAUGAACGUGGCUUGGGAGCGCGUGGAGGGCAUAUGUGUCGACACGCACGUGCACAGGAUAGCACGGCGCCUGGGGUGGACGGAUGCCAAGGUACGCAUUUGGUCACGUGCCUAUGUGUGCAUGUGCUUAUAUGAGGUGACUUUUGAGUCGACUCAAAAGUCACUAAGGUACGCAUUUGGUCACGUGCCUAUGUGUGCAUGUGCUUAUAUGAGGUGA